AAGAAUUGAGACCAAAGACAUACAAAUGCAUGACUUGAUUCAAUUGAUGGGUAUGGAUAUUGUGAACCAAGAAAGCAAUGAUCCCACAAGACGCACUAGACUAUGGCUAUAUGAUGACGUUGUCGAUGUUCUCUCAAGUGACAUGGCAGAUUGUGCUAUAAAAGCCAUAGUGUUGGAGCCACCUGAGCUGAAAGAGAUAUGUAUCGGUCCUAAUGCUUUCACAAAAAUGAGAAGGUUGAGAGUACUCAUUGUGCGCAAUGUGCAUAAUUCUUUCCAAGGUCCUAUAUAUCUUCCUAAUGAGCUUAGAUGGUUUCAAUGGGCUGGAUGUGCUCCCUGGAUUCCAGAAUUUUCCUCUGGUCCAAAGAAAUUAAUGGGACUUCAUAUGAUCAAGAGCAGUAUCACAGUGGUGCCGCAACAAUUUAAGGACUUCCAACAAUUGAAGUACAUUAACUUGAGCGACUGCGAGUCGCUGGUUAGUAUGCCCGACCUCUCAUGUACUCCAAAUCUCGAGGAAUUGAAUCUCUUGAAUUGCAAAAACUUGGUAGAAGCACACGAGUCAAUUGCGUAUCAUGACGUAUUACAAGUGUUGAAUUUAGAGGGGUGCUCUAAACUUAGUGUUUUUCCAAAUGUGCUCAAGUCAAAAAAUCUCCGGGCUCUCAAUCUUCGUAAUUGCACAAGAUUUGAAAGGUUCCCUGAUAUUCCACAUAAACUUGAAGGCUUCAAAAAGCUUUCUUUAGAAGGGAUUGCUAUUAAAGGACUUCCUAUGUCAAUAGAAAAUCUUGUCUCUUUGGAGGAUAUGUUCUUAUAUGAUUGUAGGAACCUAGUAAGUCUUCCAUCUAGCAUUUACAAGUUACAAAACCUUGAAAACUUGGUAAUUGAGUGUUGCACAAAUUUAAUCGGGUUUCCAAAGUAUGAGGAUUCAGCUGAUCCGUGCAUGAAGACCGGACUUGCAAAUUUACGCUGGUUAGACCUGGCGGGAUGUAAUCUGUCUGAAGUAGAGUUUCUUGAGAAUCUUUCCUGCUUUCCCUUAUUGAGGCAAAUAGUUCUAUCGGAUAACAAUAUUAUUAGCCUUCCUACAUCCAUCAAUAUGCGUGAUCAGUUGAUCGAAUUGAUAGUUACAAAUUGCCAUCAAUUACAAGAGAUUCCCGGGCUUCCACCAUCAUUGCAUAAUCUUUAUGCGGCGGGUUGCGAAUCUCUGCCAAGAACUGGAGAUUUACCUUCAUUUCAAGAUUUUGUCCAUAGAUGGUUGACCACGGCUGAUAUUUACUCACUUGACCCGAUUCAUCCUGAUUUCGUAACUAUUCUCCCUAGAGGAGAGAUGCCAGAGUGGGUCCUACUUGCUGAAGAGGGUUCCAUAUCUUUCAUGGCUUCAGAGGACUUGUAUAACAAGUUCCUUGGAUUGGCUCUGUGUGUAGUUGUUGGUGACGAUGAACAAAAAGAGGAAAUCUCGUUUGAGCUUGUAUCACAUGUUAAUGGCGAAAGGCAGAAUAGCCCUAGGUUUUCUCACUAUACGUUGGAUUCGGAUCAUAUCUGGCUUGAGUAUAUGACACCAUCUAAGCUAUGGGGAGCGGUUGAUUUUGGUCAAAUUGAUGGGAAUUAUGUACAAUUUAGUCUUGAAGUAUCGAGUAGAGUGGUGAAAAAGUGGGGAUUCCGAAUAAUAUGCAAGCAUCUAGAGGACGGUGUAAAGAUCAUGCUUCAAGAUAAUCAGCUAAUAGAUCCAGCCUUACUCUAUGAGAUUGUUCAGGAAUCAACAGGUUUGGAAGCCGAGAGUUCAGUCAUGAACGAAAAUAGUUCGAUCGAAAUAGAUUUACAGAAAGACUUGCAAGAUUGUCAAAUGAAUACUGAGAAACAGAGUCAAAUAGGCACAAAGGGAAAUCAUAAGCUUAUUCUCACCCAAGGGAUUCGAACUGAGACUAUGUUGACUUCCAGUUCGACCUGCAAAUAUGAGCAUGGUGGUGUUGGCUUGCAGCUUUUGUUGUUAGAAUGAUGGAAACUUGCUAAGGAACCAAUUCGCAGCUACAGCGAUGGAAAUGAUUGGCCCUGCAGAGAGCUCUCAAGGAAAGCAUGCAAAGGAUGUGACUGGAGAGUUACGUGAGGAGGUUUGGGCAAACAAGAAGAAGAAGAUACGCAUACUCUUACGUGUGGGAAGCAUGCAAGCAUGGAAAGGGGUCCUGAUGGAUGAAGAUUUGGUCAGAACACGUAAAAGAAGUGGGAAGUUAUCGUGCCGUUUAUCAACGCGGGACGUCCAUUUGAUGCCGGUGGAGGUAAAAUUGGCAGAGAAGAUACAACUUCCAUUGGAGUCUAGAGGACGAAGGCGUAAUAGAAGAGAGUGACGCACGCACACAAGAAUACUCUCCCUCCUUCCUUUUUCUCCGCCAUAAAGGCAAAUUUCGAACUCCGCCGAUGCCACUUUCAGCAUCACCACCAGUGAGCUCUGACGAAAUGGAUGAUCGCCACUUGCCAACAGAGGCGACAAACAGAAGAAGAAGAAGAAGUUCCUGUAACGAAGGCGACGACGGCGACGGAGACUGGCCAGCGAAGGCGACCGAAGCCAUGGAAACUGGUGACGUAGCUUUGGGCGAACGAUUCUCUGCUGAGGUUUUGGGCUUCAUGCAGCUUGCUCUAUAGAUCAGGCAACAAGACAUGUUGAGAGGGACGUUCUUGAUGUUCUUCUUGAACGCAGAGGACAGGAUUUUCGGCUGCAGAAGUUGCAGAAAAGUUUUCAGCAUGCUCCCUUUAUGUGGCAUGUGAACCAUGCAUAAUGUAUGCAGCAGCAUUAUGGAUCACUGGUACAUCUGUCGAUCAUACUCAAACAAAACUAAACUUUCCUAAAAUUUAUUUGUUCAUAAAUGAUUAGAUGACUCUUAGCCACUUUUAGGUAUAAAGGAAGUAUAUGGCCAUGCGAAUGAUAAAUUUGGAUGCUGUGUCUUGAUGUUCCAUUAAAGUACCUCCAAGGCAUGCAUUAGGUCAGUUUCUGAACUUGCUUUUGUUUCUGAUUUUGUAUCUACUUAGCUCCACUUUGAAAUUGUGACCUAUGACAAUUGACAACUCAAGCUUACUGGAGGUUUAUGAUUCCUUAUGUUGAUUAUUGAUCAAUGCAGUUUCAUAGUGAUUCUGUUUGCUGUCGCACCUUGAAUAUUGCAACACACAACCAUGAAAAUAGAAAAGGUUUAUGGAACUAAUUAAUUAUCUUUUCUGUCCUUUUCCUAGUCUAAAUGGAAGAAAGUGGAAUUUCCCGAAGUGUCAAGUAGUCGAGUUUAUAUUAAUUCUUUCUAUCCUUGCUUUAUUUCUUUUUUCUUAAAUUCUUUGUGACUGUUUGAACAUUUUUCUUUUUUUAA